GGCGGAGUCCACUGCCACCACUGCUGUGCCUGGAUACUCCCAGGAACUUCUUCUUUCUCUCUCUCUCCGCCCGAUCAGCCCAGACCAAACCAGACCAACCCGCCUUUUCUCACUCGCAUUAUUCAUAUACACUGAAACUUAGUCCGCUUCCUUCCUCCUUCCAUUCUCUUUUUCUUCCUCCCCCUCUUUCUCUAUUCCUCCCACCUUUGACAACCACCUACACCACCACUACCUUAACCUCGCCUUCUUCACGAUCGGACGAAGCGGAUCAUCGAGAAUACAAUAAUAAAAAAGGAAAAAAAGGGAAAUAAUAUAUCAACAGAAGUCGGGAAGGAAAGGUGUGCCAGAAAUCAAUACGCUAUAAACCCGACAAAUCCCCCGUCGUCAUCCUCCUCCAGCCUCUUUCGUUUCCUUGAUCUCACUCUUCCUUUAAUCUUAAUUCUCACUUCCUAUCCCCUCGUUGGACUCCUCUCCCAUUUGAUCUGCAACUUCUUAUCCAUACGCCGGAUGCCUGAUCGCCAUCGUCGCCCUUGGGUUCCUCCGAUCACCGUGGUGGUUGUUCCUCUUCCGCGACCUUUCUCCCCCGCGUCCAUGAUUCCAUGACCGUCCUCAUCCUCUCGUCAACGCUUUCUGCCCCGGUCGUACCUUGACCUCCUUUUCUCGAGGCGGGUUUCUCGUCCCCGACUCGUCCCCAGUCGCUUUCCGGGACUCUCUUCGUUCUGAGUUGCUGCGUGCUUUGUUCUCAUGCAGGCUUCCUCGGGUCCCUCGGAGGCUGGCGGAGGGCACGCGUCGCGGAGAGGCCAUGGGCCCCAUCUGUCGAUCAGCGACCCGAGCCACCAUGUCACGGAGGCUAUCGGCCAUUUGUACGAGGAUGACUACGACAAGCGGGAUUCACGACGCCUCAGUUAUCUCUCCACCAACAGCGAAUCCAUCUCAAUCGUUCCCCCGAAGCACGCCGGUUCCGAAUCCUCCCCGCCAUCUGUACCUCCGAAGAACCAUACGGGCGAAGUGACUCGCGGCCAGGUUAAUGGACAGUCCCAUUCCCCCACCGUGGGGAGCCGGCCGUUCGAUAUGGAGAGCAGCAGCCCGACGUCUCCCGGUUCCACCGCCUCCCCUGGUUCAACAGAUACAGCUACCACCUCCUUCCCCUUGAAUGACAUCGACUACGAAUCCAACCCGGCCGCUGUCGCCCAGGAACUCAACAACCUUGCCGCGAUCCGGCGGAUGUCCAUGGAUGUAGCCGCUACCGGCGACCCCGACCUUCCCAGCUUCAACUCAAAUUCGAUGCCCUCCAUCGCACCCGCGCCGUCCGCCGAUGAAAAUGACGCCUCUCGAUUGUUCUGGGUUCCCGCCCGCUUACAUCCCGAACUGGCCCCGAAAGAAUUCAAGUCCUUCCUGGAGAGCAAGUCGGACCAUAUCAACCGGAAAUCAGGCGAUUUCUCAUUGCUGAGCCCGGAGCGGUGCGGAUCCAACGGGAGCUUGAGGCGGAAGAAAUCGAUGCUAUCCCGACAGAUCGACGACUCGCACGGUUAUACGGAUGGCGCGGAACGGCUCGAACGGAAGCGAUCGCAGCAGUCGAGCAACGACUCGUUGAGCCCGAACCUGAUGCAGUUGGAGACGAUGGUGGACAACUCAAAUACUCGGAGCCCCAGUUCGUCCUCGUUGAACGAUGACGUCCAGAAUCUCUCUCUGACGGCCGAGGAGGACAUGCCGAUCCUUCCCCCGGCCCCGCCUGGCCACAGCCUGCGACGGUCGACGCGAACGCAGUACCGGAAAGCUGGCAGUUUGAAGAAGGGUGACAAGCUGCCCUACUCCAAGCGACUCGCCAAAGCGAACGAGACGGGUGAGGAGGUGCCGCCGAUCGUGUCCGCGACCGGUGAGCCACCGAUCCUCGGUCUCACUCGAGUGUCGACAGACCCCAACCCCAGCGUCACACGAGCUCAGGCCUUAUCGAAAGCCGCACAGGCAACAGCACCCCCGUCUGAUGCCACGGCCUCAUCCGCCUCUUCCUCCUCCGUCGACCCGAGCGGUGAUCAACCACGUGACUCCACCGCGGCUGAAGCGGCCCCCGUCAGUAGUUCCGCCCAGUCACGAUCGUGGCAUUCUCGCAUCAGCUCCAACGGCCGGUCGAGCCUGCAGACUCCGUCUGGGGAGCAGAAGAUCCCGGAGAUCGUCGAACCGCCCCCGUCGGAGCCCAAGGCACCGUCCGCCUCCAACGCUCAGCAAAAUAUUCCUGCGGCAUAUGACUCUGGCAAAGACACGCCUCCAGCGCCGCCGCCGAAGAGCCCCUCCCAUGAGCAAUCUUCGACCAAACGAUCGCUUCACCGGUCACACGGGAAAGACAAUGCCCCGACCCUCAACGAGUUUGCCAGUACCCCACAGGCGCUGCCCGGCAACACGACGCGCACGGACAGCCUGACCUUUAUCCCCCAUCUCACCGAGGAUCGCAAAUCGGAGUCAAAGAAGUCCAAAAAGGAGUCCGAAGGCGGGCGCAAGUCGAGCUGGCACUGGUUCUUGCACCCGGAUGAGAAAGACAAGGACAAAGAAAAGAAAAAGGAGAAAGAUACGGAGGCCAAAACGCUCAAGUCGAAGAUCGUCGACAAGGUCCAUGAGACGACCCUCACUUCUUCGUCGAGUGACAGCAACCAACGUGGGCGGGAAGGUGCGUCUAGUGCGUCGAUGGACCGGUUGGAUCCAAAGCUCGAGGAGGAACGCCGAAAAGACAGCGCGCGGAGGACCUCCGGCGAGGCGAAAAAAGAAAAGGAGAGUGGUCUCUUUUCUUCCAUCUUCGGGGGUGGCCGGAAGAAGAGCAACGAGAGCGGUCAUCACAAGAAGAACUCGUUGCGAGCCAUCUCCCCGGAGCCGCCCGUGCGGAUCCUCCAGCCCGAUGUCGACUAUGCCUGGACUCGCUUCUCGAUCCUCGAGGAGCGGGCGAUUUACCGAAUGGCCCACCUCAAGCUUGCCAACCCGCGUCGCGGGCUGUACUCGCAGGUCCUGCUCAGUAACUUUAUGUAUUCCUACCUGGCCAAGGUGCAACAGAUGCAUCCACAUAUGAUGCUCGCGACCUCACCUGCUCAGAGACAGCAGAAGUCGCGAGAACAGUCUGAGGAGUACCAGCAAUACCAACGUUACCAAGAGGAGCAGGACCAACGCUACGCGGACAGUUCGUAUGACGAUCCUCAAAUGUAUGAAUACGGUGAUGAUUCUCACGACCACUAUGGUUCGAAUUCGCGAGGUAGCAAGCAAGGCUAUGAGAAUGGGAAUGCAUAUGGACCAGGACAUUACCAGUAUGGGCAUUAUGGGAAUGAUUCUCAUCUCGACGACGACGACGAUGACGAUGACGAUAUGUGGUGACGGAAUCGUCUUUGGUACUGAUAAUGCAUCGCAGCACGAAACUGUUUGCCACGAAUACCACCCUAGUUUAACCACGAAUAGCCCUCUCUCAGUACUCGGUGUUUCUGACGUCUGCUUCAUUCUUGAUCGGGGGGAAUAAUGAACAAGGAGAUCGUGAAUAUGCCACGUGUGGCUCUGGGCAGCUCUGUUUUCCACAUCCUCUGCAUGUGAUUAUGUCUUAUUACUAUUACUGUUUCUUAUUAUAUAGCGCUCUUCUCUAGAGACCUGACUGCCUCCUGAUUAGGGUAGGUAGGUGGGUCUAUGGCUGGCUGGACUUUUGGGAUUGCCGAUUGGGCUUUCUUUGCUCGCAUAGCGUCUGGGGUUUUUUGCUUCUUGACUCGCAUUACUGUCUGAUUUUAUACUCUGACUAAUGAACUUACGGUCUUCAC